UGCGGACUUGCAAAGUUUGUCCGCUCUGGCGCACCGUAGUGCUUUCACCCAGGCCAAGUGGGCUGAGCUGGGCGGCUGGAUCUCAGCUCAGCCCAGCAAAGGACCCUGAUGGCUGCGGUCUUUCUGGUGACGCUCUAUGAGUACUCCCCUCUCUUCUACAUCGCGGUGGUCUUUACCUGCUUCAUCGUGACCACGGGCCUGGUCCUGGGAUGGUUUGGUUGGGAUGUUCCAGUAAUUUUGAGAAACUCAGAAGAGACUCAGGUCAGCACAAGAGUUUUCAAAAAGCAAAUGAGACAAGUAAAAAAUCCUUUUGGCUUAGAGAUCACCAACCCAUCUUCAGCUUCAAUCACAACUGGCAUAACCUUGACAACGGAUUGCCUUGAAGACAGCCUUCUUACAUGCUACUGGGGGUGCAGUGUUCAGAAAUUGUAUGAAGCCCUACAGAAGCACGUUUAUUGUUUCAGAAUAAGCACGCCUCAAGCAUUAGAAGAUGCUUUGUAUAGUGAAUAUCUUCAUCAAGAGCAGUAUUUUAUUAAAAAGGACAGCAAAGAAGAAAUAUAUUGCCAGUUACCAAGUGAUACCAAAAUUGAGGACUUUGGUGCCGUGCCCCGAUCUCGCUACCCAUUAAUAGCAUUGCUGACCUUAGCUGAUGAGGAGAACCGAGAAAUUUAUGAUAUUAUCUCAAUGGUGUCAGUAAUUCAUAUUCCUGAUAAGACUUACAAGCUUUCCUGCAGAAUACUGUACCAAUAUUUACUCCUGGCUCAAGGUCAAUUUCAUGAUCUUAAGCAACUUUUCAUGUCUGCAAAUAAUAACCCCACGCCCUCAAGCAGCACUUCUCCAGAAGAGCGAAGCACAGACAGAAGUCUGCUGGAAAAGGCUGGACUUUCUGAAAGCGAAGCAGAGCCCCUUGAGGAGAGUAGCAAGGACUGCGUUGUCUGCCAGAACGGGCCGGUGAACUGGGUGCUCCUGCCCUGUCGGCACACGUGCCUGUGCGAUGGUUGCGUCAGGUACUUCCAGCAGUGCCCAAUGUGCAGGCAGUUUGUUCAGGAGUCCUUUGCACUUUGCAGUCAGAAAGAGCAAGACAAAGACAAACUGAAAACACUUUGAAGAUGGUGUUAGGACUGAAAAGGACACUUUCUUCUGAAGAUACUGAGUUUUGUCUUCUAGAACUAACCAUUGCAUGGAAUUUACAGUAUUGAUCAUCAAUGAAAAUGAUAUUUUGACUGCAUAAUUUAUACAACACGUAAAUGAUAAAAUGAAGUAUUCCUUUCUCUUCGUAUGGUAAAUACUGGGAUAGCAUCUGUGUUGAAACAUAGAAAU